AUGGCCAUUCAGUAUACUCCUCAUUAUUAUGCAUUUUCACCAUCUCCUCAAAGAGAUCUUUCUUUCAUUCAUAACUGUAAAGUCAAGCCUUCACCAACUGCUGUUUUGCCUGACAGAAGACAAUCUUACAAUACCCUUGGUUUCCAGGCUGCAAAACUUUUGGGUCCUCCGGCAAGAUUUGAAGCUUCGAAGUUGAAAGUUGUAUUCAUGGGAGAAGAAUCAGAUAGGAGCACCAGAAUUAUGCCUAGAACAUACACCCUCUCCCAUUGUGACUUUACAGCCAAUCUAACAUUAACCAUCUCAAAUAUCAUCAACCGUGAUCAGUUGAAAGGUUGGUAUAAUAAAGAUGAUGUGCUUGCCGAGUGGACGAGAGUGAAUGGUAACUUGUUCCUCGAUGUCCAUUGUUACGUGAGCGGACCAAAUCGAUUUCUAGACCUGGCUGCAGAAUUUAGAUACUACAUAUUUUCCAAGGAAUUGCCUUUGGUACUUGAGGCUGUGCUGUAUGGAGAUUCAGAUCUGUUCAGAGAACAUCAAGAACUAAUGGAUGCGGUAGUUCGUGUCUUUUUUCAUUCGACCUCAAAGAAAUACAAUCACGUUGAAUGCUGGGGUCCGCUCAAGGAUGCCGCUCGGGGGCGAGGAGAUAAGACUAAUGGGUUUUUAUCUGCAAGCAAAGAAAGUUCUGGGGCUUCAAAAACUUCGGGAAUUCCAAAAGCUGUCUUACAAGCAUUUGUUGCCUUCCUUCUUUAA